AUGGCGCCGCCGGAGAGUCGUCAAUUCGCUCGCCGCGAGGCACCCGCACCUUUGCGUCGGCAUACUCUUCUUAUCUUGCUGACCCUGGCACUGCUGAUUGUUGACGACUGCGCCUCGGUGCGGGCGCUGAAGAUCUCUUCUCUCAUCUCCAGGAGACUGUCCUCGCCAGCGGAACCUUCCACAGCUGGCCCGCCCCCCGAUGAGGCUGAAACAUGGCCUCAUCAGUACGACGGAACGCUGUCGCGGCGGAAAGAGGCAGGAAAGCAUGGAAGCAGCGGAAGCGAAACCUCACAGGGAAUCACGGGGGAGGAUGGGGUUCUAGCAAAGGAUGAGGGAGGAAGAGCGCCGCCCAUCGAUGAGGCGUACCUCAGGCAGCAGGCAGAUCUUCUUCUGAGGUGCGAGGAUACGGGGACACCGUUUCCCCUUGCCUCCGGCGUCGAUGCCCGAGCGGUGGAAGCUCUCCACGCACAGGUGAAGGCAGGCGACCGGGGAGUUGAUGCAGAACACACGCCAACCAGAGACCUGGCAGAUCUAGCCAAUAUGUACUACGAGGAAGUUGCUACUCAGCUGCGACGCCACAAGAGGGAAGCAUUGACGCAUGGAUGGGACGCGGGUACGCCGAGGCACAGUCAAGACCCACAGGAUGAGGAGACUUCCCAACUCUGCUGGAAGCUCCGCCCGGCGUUGCCUGCACCGGGAAAGACAUCCUUCGCCCAGGGGAUUUCUCGCAUGCUGCAUCGUCUUGGCCUCGUGUUCAGGCGCGCGUUUCGUGGAACACGUGUGGUGCGGGCGAAAAUCAAAAACUGGUUUCAGAGGCGAAUGAAAGGGAAGGAGGGAGGGACGAGGAAGGACUCCAAGGCGCUGCAGUUCCUGAAGCGCUUAGCGUCGCUGGUGCAACAGAAGGUCGCUAUUCUUGCGAAAAGAAUCGUCGGUCACAUUGUGCGCUGCCUGCCGGCGAUACUUCUCGGAUUCAACAUCUUCCUCGUGGCGACUGCAAGUAUAACGGUCGCCGCCAGCCCCGCCUCUCCGUUGGCCAUUCUGUCACUCGUUGCGAGCAUCAUUGGAUUCCUCUCCUUCGCUGUCUCAAAGGGGAUAGAACUUAACCGGCAGGCAUUCACACAAGGCUUCUCGAGCCGCCUGCAAACUAGCCACUUUCAGACUUUCGGUCUCGUCUGGGCGCAACUUCGGGCCGAAGAGACUGUCCAGGUUGACAUGACAGCAGCUGCGAUGACUGGAACCCGUGACGCGAAGAAUGAUGGAGACGUAGCCCCUGAACGCCGCAACGAGGAUCCAAAGGAGCCGCAGCCGUGGACGGAGAUCAACGAAGCUUUCAUAGGCGCUCGAGAGAUGGCCGACGGCCAGACUGUGGUUGCAGAAAAUAUCGACGCAGACGCUCAGUGGGUGAAGGCAGCCCGCGUCCCCGCUGGGGAGCCGGGUGCAGUUCCCCCCUCGCCGGCGGCCUUGGAGGAAGUUCGGAGUAAAAUGAGAGACAACCUGACGAAGCGGAAAGCAUCCGUCGUGCUUCGUAAACACUUGGAAGGAAUGAAGACGUCCUGGCGCGAGAAAAGAUUUGCUGGACUCGGAAAAAUCUUGACGGCAUCUCUUCGGAUGGUCUUUGAUGCGUUCAAUUUCGCCGUCUCACUGCUUCUGCGUGCCUUCGGCAGCGCUUGGGCAUUUGUUGUGGACGUCGCCAUACGAAAGGCCAUCUCAUUCUUCCGCAUGCUGAAGACAUUCCAAGCCAUCGCAGCCUUCUUCGAGAAAUUCCAAAGCAUCCUCCGCUGGCUAUUCGGGCGCGGCCGUUUCUUCUACGACUUCGUCGAUCCUUACCGGAACCUCAUUUCCUUCGCAUUUUCAAACCGGGUUCUGUUGUCUCAGCUUGCAAACGGCACCCUGAUGCUUACGUCGUCGAGCGGACUCUUUUUUGUGGGGACUUUCCUUUGGGUGGUCUCCAAGCCGCUGUGGUCCUGGUAUCUCACGAAACAGGGGAUGGUAGACGCCAGUCUUCUCGAGCAAGCUCAGAGAGAUCUUGCCGAGGAUGCAAUUGCGUACAAGAGUUUCCUGCUGGGCGCAGCGGCGUUCCGACCCAAAACAGCCGGCGAGGCUCCGUUCGUCUUUCCAAACGUUUCCGAAACGCAACUCGUCGAAAUCAUCUUUAUCAUGAACUUUCUCGACAUGUACAAAGUUCCCAACUUGCCGGAUGCGAGCGUGUUGAGCAACACGACUCCGAGUCAAAGCUUUCUCCUCUUUCAGCGCAUUCGCACCCUCGAUGAGUUUCGCGCACAACUGAGUCCUGGGAACAGGACUCUUUUCGAAGAGACGUUUUCCACCUUGAAGACGUGGGACUCGACAAAGAGUCUGCACAUCGUCCACAGUGUGUUGACGCGGAACAUUCAACACUGCGCCCUGCAAUACGGAGAAGCUGCCUUUAGAAGGGAGAUUGAGACGCGUUAUCGCGAAAUGGCCUUAAAGAAGAAGGCCUCCCCUCAAGAUUUUCCGUGGUUUAUUCACCUCACAGCAAAGAAGAGACAAAUGUUCUCGAAGCGCGUAUUCAAUGCUCUCAAGAGGCACCCAAACUCCGUUUCCAACCCCGUACACAUCAAGCGCGCCGUCACAGGAGCCUUGGGGGCUGUAACGAAACAACUGUUGACUGAAAAGAUGUCUACUUGGGCCGGAGCGCUCGUCCACCACGCGGCUGUUAACGUCAUGGGCAGUCAGCUUGUUCUUCAAUUGUACAAGGACGAGUACCAAGUCGUGGACAGAACCAGCCUCCGAGUUAGCAACGUUCCAGUAGAUUUGUACCCGUUCCGAGACGACCUGGAGGCGACGUUGGAAGAACUUUUCGUCUUCGACCCUGCAGCGCAAGUGCUGGCUGUCAGGAAAGAACGAGACGUUCAAGUGAACUUGGAAAGAUUCUUCUUGGCCGAGGAUGUGGCAGGACUGCGCGCGCUGGGAGCCAUGAGUGACCACAGCCGGUCGAGCGGACUCAAGUGCGAGUCUUCCCGACCCACAGUCCUCGCGUUUCCUGAGAUCAAGGAAGCUGCUGUAACGUUCGUCUCGGAGGCUCGGGAAUGCAAUCAUGCAGCGACGGCCUAUUUCCUUAAGAUGCAGGUUGACAGGCAGUUCAUGGCCGAUGUAGGACGUGGGAUCUUCAAGAGGGAUCCUGGCAGUUGCGCUCCCUUCCGCACUUCAGCUCUCGAGGCCCUCGACAUUUUAGCUGACCAAGUGGCAACAGCAGACGCAUGGCAGUUGCCCAACACCGCACAAAAGAUCCUCGAUGUUGUCGUCGACGAGCACCCGGCCGUCGCUAGCGUUUACUACAAAUUUAGUCGGCAAAUUGUGUCGGACGCGGAGAGGCAGACUCCGGAAGGAAUGUUCAAGCUCAUUCAGGCGGUCCGGAAUUUUGUGCGGGAGGACGAGAGGUUCCGUGUCACCGCCACCUUUCUCAAACAAUCAAGCUAUGCACGUUUUCGGACGGAGGUCAACGACACAAUUGAUGCCCCGGUGCUGGCGCUCAUCCACAAGAUAAUCUCCAAGUACAGCACUUUUUCAGUCGCAGCCCUCGAGGCUUAUGUUUACGAGCGUCUUGGAGGCAUGGUCAUCGAGUUCGAAGGAGAGGCUGAGACGGCUCUGUGGCAAGGAGUGAGAGCCCACUUCGCGAGGGACUUCACAAAGAUAAUGCAAUCGUUCCGAUCCCCGCACGAACGGGUGAAGCUAGGAAUGCCUCUCAAGCAAGAUCAAGUGCGUUUUCAGACCUUUCCGAAAACCGUUGGAAUCUCUUUACAAGCCAUGGCAUUCAUGUAUAUGCAAAGCAAUGCCGAGGUGACUGCGGCCUUGACGGGGGUGAUGAGCUCAGUUCUCAGCAAAGCGCGAGUGGCCGCCCGAACAGCCGACCUUCCGCCGGACAUUCUUGCAGAAUGCCCUGUCUGCCAAACCGUCCAAAAACUCUUCCAGCAUCUGAGGAACAAGGAGACGGUCAUCAAAGACGGCUCCGAUGAGGAGAACACAGUUCUGGGCAUGGUCGACAAAAUUGCAGAAACGUACGAGAAGCAAGCGAACUCUCUAGGCGUGUACUUCAGAUGGGGAGACUGGUUUCCACAACGUCACAACUGCGUACGCUGGACAGAGGACCAGAUUCGCUUCGUGAAGCUGCAACUCGCAAGCGCAGUAAAACCCCUACGGAGGAGGAAAAGGGGGUGGGCAAGUUUCUUCAGCCGUCUGAUGCACCAAUGGACUGCACGUAAAAGUGCCACCACAGGUGUUGCUGAGGACCUGGUUGAGAGUAUCCGUGAAAUGAAUCUCUACGGAGUAGAGGGGUUCGAUUUCCGCCUUGGAUUGCGAUACGCCUACAAACAAUUCAUCAGUGAGAAGUUCCAAGAGGAAGCAACAGAAGCAUGGGAUUACGCAGAGCAGCAAAUGAUUCACGGCGAACCACACACGCAGUCAACAGCUGCGAACGGCGGUGUUUAG